AUGUGUAGAGGAAAAAAUGCGUGGAUGUUGAAGAACUCAACUUCACUCAUAUUGGGAAUAUGUCUGCUCUUUCUUGUACUGCAAAAUGUUAAUUGUGAAGAUGUCCCAAUAAGAUUGAAGACUUCAAAUAAUUUGAGAGGUGGACCUAGCACCAAUAGAGAGUCGAAUAUCUUGGUCCCAGCCUUUGAGCCAAGUAAAGAGUAUAUUGAUACGUAUUUUUCGUAUAUCGAAGACUUUCUUAAAAAUGUCAAUUACUUAUCAACCUUAAGUGUUUCUCUUGAGGUAUUCAGUUCAAUAUGCUUUGUUUUGUGUUUAAGAGGUCUUUCAACUCAAGAAACUGCAAAAAGAGGAAACUCCUUAGGAAUUGUUGGUAUUAUAUCUGCAAUAGCAGCUACUUUCUUGGCCCCUACUUUUUCAAUGAACUGGAUUAUGUUUAUCGUUCCAUUUGCCGUAGCAAUUUUUAUUGGGAUUCCAAUGUCUCACUUUGUUUCAAUGGUUAAUAUACCUCAAUUGGUUGCCCUAUUCCAUUCAUUUGUAGGUUUGGCAGCAAUGUUAAUAUCCUUUGCAAAUUUAUGGACACCAUUCCAGUCAGAAGAUGGAGAAUUUUCGUCUGUGCAUGCAGUCGAAAUGUUUAUUGGAGAGGCCAUCUCAGCAGUUACCUUUACCGGAAGUAUUGUUGCUGCAGGGAAGUUGCAUGAAAUAUUCCCUACUGGAGCUCUUAAGUUACCAGGGCGUCAUUUCUUAAAUGCAUUCAUGGUAGCAGGUUUAAUUGCUUUGGGAUCAGUCUUUAUCGCUAUCACAGAUUAUGCAAAUAGGACUUAUUUAAUGUAUGGAAACAGUUUGCUCUCAAUGUUACUAGGAAUACAUUUAGUGGCUUCUAUUGGAGGAGCAGAUAUGCCUGUGGCAAUUUCUAUGCUCAAUUCAUAUUCAGGCUGGGCUACUUCUUUUACUGGAUUCCUCAUAAAUUCCAAAAUACUCAUUAUAUGUGGAGCUCUAAUUGGUUCAUCCGGUGCGAUUCUUUCUCACAUUAUGUGCAUAGGAAUGAAUAGAUCCCUAUUAAAUGUAAUGAUUGGAGGCUGGGAAGGCACUGGGGACUCCAAUGAUGGACAGACACUUGGAGAUCAGUCUGAUGUAAACCAAACCAAUGCAAUGAAAGUAGCUAGAGACCUUUUGUCUGCAAAGAAAGUAUUAAUAGUACCUGGCUAUGGUAUGGCAGUCUCUAGAUCACAACAGGACGUUGCUUCUAUAGUAAAUGCUUUAAGAUUAAGAGAUAUCCAUGUGGAGUUUGCUAUACACCCCGUUGCUGGUAGAAUGCCAGGGCAUAUGAAUGUACUACUUGCAGAGGCGGACGUUCCAUAUUCUAUUGUCAAGGAGAUGGAGGACGUAAAUCCAAAUAUGGAAAGUUUUGAUGUGGUUUUAGUUAUUGGAGCAAAUGAUACCGUAAAUCCACUCGCACUUGAAAAGAAUUCCAAAAUUAAUGGAAUGCCAGUCAUAGAGGUUUGGAGAGCAUCCAAGGUUAUUGUUUCAAAAAGAAGUCUUGGAAAAGGAUAUGCAGCUAUAGAAAAUCCACUCUUCUUUAAAAGUAAUGUUGAAAUGAUCUUUGGAAAUGCAAAGGACUCUAUGAUUAACAUUUUACAAAACAUUGUAUCCAUAUCUCCUGAGCAAAAGAGAGCUAACUUAAAUGAUGACGAAGAAACUAUUGAUAACGCAGCAACCGAUCAAGCAGACAAAGAAGAGUAUCCUGCUCCUACUAUGACUAUUGGAAUCUUGAGGGAAGACCUUCCCAGUGAGAAGUUGGUUUCUAUUGCUCCAAAUUAUGUUAAGAAACUCCGUAGACUUGGAUUUAGAGUUCUUGUGGAAACUGGAGCAGGACUAAAGAGCCAGUUUGAUGACCAAAAGUAUGAGGAUGCGUCCUGCACCAUUAUGGCUACUCGCCAAGAUGUUGUGAGCCGAUCUGAUAUCAUAGUUAAAGUACAAAAGCCAACGGAAGAAGAAAUUUCACAGAUGAAGUCAGGACAGACGUUAAUUAGUUACAUAUGGCCAGCACAAAACCCAUCAUUACUUGAGUCUUUAGCUAGCAAGGGAGUUACUACUAUAGCUUUGGAUGAGGUUCCAAGAACUACGAGAGCGCAAAAGCUUGACAUUAGAAGUAGCAUGAGCAAUUUGGCAGGUUAUAGAGCCGUAAUAGAGGCCUUUGUUCACUUACCCAAGUUAUCAAAGUCCUCCAUUACUGCUGCUGGAAGAGUGGAUGCAGCCAGAGUAUUUGUAAUAGGAGCUGGUGUUGCAGGAUUACAAGCUAUUGCAACUGCAAAGAACCUUGGAGCUGAUGUAUUUGCAAGUGACACAAGAACUGCAACUAAAGAGGAAGUUGAAAGUUUAGGAGCCAAGUUUGUUGCUGUUGAAAUUAAGGAGGAAGGUGAUUCUGGAUCGGGUUAUUCUAAGCUAAUGAGUAAAGAGUACCUACGAGCACAGAAAAACCUCUAUUCUAAAAUGAUUAAGACUUGCGAUGUUAUCAUUACCACAGCAUUGAUUCCAGGAAGACCUUCUCCAAAAAUCAUCACUAGAGAAAUGGUUAAUUCUAUGAAACCUGGAAGCGUUAUUGUAGAUAUGGCAGCAGAAAUGGCUGAUACAGCUUCUGGAUGGGGUGGGAAUUGUGAGAUCACCAAAAAAGAUCAGGUCUAUCUGGACGAAAAGAGUGGAGUUACUAUUAUUGGGCUCACAAAUCUGCCAUCCACAAUGCCAUCCCAGGCUUCUGAACUUUUUAGUAUGAAUAUUGUCCACCUGCUAGAAGAACUUGGGGGUGCAGAACACUUUUCAGUUGACAUGGAAGACGAUCUUUUGAAGGAGAUGGUUGUCACAAUUAACGAGGAGGUCAGUUAUGUUCCAGUUGAUAAAAGACCCCCUCCACCAGAAAACGAAAAUUCGACUCCUUCCUCAAGCUCAUCCUCAACUGAAGCAUCCACAGGAUCAUUCUUAAGAACAAUGGAAAAAAUCAUUUAUUCUAAUGUUGCUUUUGGAUUCUUAGUAUUAUUAUCAGUUCUUAUUUCAGUAGGACUUGGAUAUGUUAUAGACCACAAUACCUUGGGCAAUAUUCUUGUUUUUUCACUUUCUGUAAUUGUUGGCUAUUACUGUAUAUGGAAUGUUACUCCUUCUUUACAUACUCCGUUAAUGUCUGUAACUAAUGCAUUAUCUGGAAUCAUCAUUAUAGGAGCAAUGUUGGAAUGUGGCCCUGUCAUUUUAUUCACAGAUUUCCAGGUCUAUUCUUUACUCUUGUUCUUUGCAAUGUUACUCAGCUCUAUUAACAUUAUUGGAGGAUUUUAUGUUACUACCAGAAUGUUAUAUAUGUUCACCGAUCACCAAGUUGGCUCUUGUACAGAGGAGGAUGUACAAGGAACCAGACAUACUACCAUUAUAUAG